AUGCAGAUUUUCGUCAAGACCCUCACGGGCAAGACCAUCACCCUCGAGGUCGAGUCUUCGGACACCAUCGACAACGUGAAGGCUAAGAUUCAGGACAAGGAGGGCAUCCCCCCUGACCAGCAGCGUCUCAUCUUCGCGGGCAAGCAGCUCGAGGACGGCCGCACCCUCGCGGACUACAACAUCCAGAAGGAGUCCACCCUUCACCUUGUCCUCCGCCUCCGCGGUGGCAUCAUCGAGCCCUCCCUCAUCCAGCUUGCGCGCAAGUACAACCAGGACAAGAUGAUCUGCCGCAAGUGA